AGCUUCAGCAAGCGGAUUUGAUGUACACCACUUAGCCAUCGAAUAAAUUCAAAAAACACAAAGUCAAAGUUAAGUUAUAUUCUCAGAUCGAGCCAUUUGUGAAGAGUUUGCCGUAGUAACAAACUAAGAAGGAAGCACAACCCCGCCCUAGUGGAAGGCAGUUGUUACAAGAGCUGUUGGUUGCAAUUUCGAGGUUUUGAAGCUGAAGCUAAUCCGAAAAUGCAACGAAGACUCCGUUUAAGAGAUUGGCUUGCGAUUCAAAUUGAAAGUGGCGAGUUUACUGGUUUGGAAUGGCUGGAUAAAGGAAGGAGGGUUUUUCGUGUCCCUUGGAAACACGGAUCACGCCAGUCGUGGAAUGUCGAGAAAGAUGCUGCAGUUUUUCGUGAGUGGGCAAUUUAUACGGGAAGAUACGACGCGCGUAAAAUGAAGCCCAAUCCACGAAGAUGGAAAACCAACUUCCGGUGCGCCCUAAACGCUCUCCCAGACAUCGAGGAAGUUACAGAAAAAAGUUGCACGAGAGGGAACAAUGCAUUCAAAGUCUACCGCAUGAAGCCACUGCCGAGAGGAAUCAGCUAUAAAGCGACAGAGGAGAUUUUUCACAGACAUCUAGAUAAAUACAAAAGCAGUGAGCAGGAGAAUGUAAAAGUGGACGGCGUUUUCCAAUGGGAACAUUACAAAGAUUAUAAUGGCUACACCUCGCAAGAUGAGAGAGCAAUGUACUUUACCGACCAGGAACGACGCGCGCAUCCAGGCCUCUGGCCAAACCAAGAAGUACCGCAAACAGUCCCGGACGACGAACAAAUUGUUGCUAUUGUCGACGAGCUCCAGCAGCUACAACAAAUGCAGAGCGACCAGGCCUGCACAAUCACCGGAAGCUGCUCAACCUCGCCUGAUAGCGCGUGCGAUGGCUACAGUUAUAGUACAGCGGAACAUGGCUCGUGCCCAGUCUACCCCUCACUCAUGACGCACAUGUAGUACAGGCAGCCCAAGAUACCCAAAAGCUACGGAUAUAUACUUGUGCUAUGUAGCCAAUUGUAGGUAGCCGUCGCUAGGGAAUUUAAGCAUCUACGACGGCGAAUGCAGGGAGAACGUGAUCCCAAAAAAGCUUUCAUGCUUUGCGCUCAAUUUUAAACUAGUUUUGAUAAAAUUCACUCGUUUUUGUAGUCCCAAAAAGCUAUAGAAAAGCCUAGAUCUUAUUUCUAACAUAGCUGCUUAAAUUCCCUGGUUGGGCAGAUGGUGACUCAGUUAAUUAUUGUCGACCAAGGGCCUGUGAGUAUUGUAUAACACGUUGAGCUGUAUUUUCAAUUCGAAUUAGUAAUACGGUAAACACUGUUAAGUAAUUUGAUUCAUGGUGAAUAAAGAAAAAAAUGUC